CCUUACCUUAUCUACGCUUUUAACUUACUCACGGAUUCUUUUUUGGCUCGACCAUUUUGCUCCAGUCUUCUCUCUAUCAAUCCUUCAAAUCUAGGCACCCUGCUAGCGCUAUUAUUACUAUUAAUAUAUUAUUCGCAAUCUCCACCAUGCCUCGGUGACCACGUUGCUUCCUUUUCCCUCUUUGCUUUUUCCUCAUCACGAUCGAUCUCACCGAUGGACCCCGCCAUCGUCCGCGAGCUCUCCCGGCUCGACCCGGACGUCCCCUUUCGUGCGACCUCGAAACAUGUGCAUCACACAUGGGCAAAGACGUUUUACUCGCGCCCUGAACUGUACAUUCAGCCGCGCUCGCUCGAAGAAAUCCAGAAAGUCGUGAUCCUCGCGCGACGUUGUCGCCGCAGACUGGUGACUGUCGGCAGCGGCCACUCACCCUCCGACCUGACCUGCACCUCCGCCUGGCUGAUCAACCUGGACGCAUUCAAUCGUAUCACAAGUCUGUCACAGGAAACAGGGCUGGUCACUGUACAGGCCGGCAUCCGUCUCAGAGAUCUCGGCCGCGAGCUCGACAAGCAUGGCCUGGCGCUCCCGAACCUGGGCAGCAUCGACAGCCAGUCUAUCGCAGGCGUGGUCGCAACCGGCACGCAUGGCAGCUCGUCUCGCCAUGGCCUGCUCUCUGAAUGUAUCCGCGGUCUAUCAGUGACUCUCGCCAACGGACAGACCGUCCGCUGCAGUGCAACCAACAACCCAUCGCUGUUCCGCGCCGCGCUCGUCUCUCUUGGCGCACUGGGCAUCGUUACCGAAAUCACCCUCCAAACCACACCUGCCUUCCGAAUCGCGUGGCAGCAGUCGCUGCAUCCUCUGGCGGAAGUGCUUGAUCAAUGGUACAAGGACUUGUGGACGUCGCACGAAUUCGUCCGCGCAUGGUGGCUUCCAUAUACGGACCGCGCCAUCCUCUGGCGCGCCGACAAGACCGACCUCCCCUUAAGUCCUCCUCCGCAGACCUUCUACGGCGCCUGGCUGGGCUACCACGUCUACCAUAACCUCCUCGCACUAUGCAACUGGUUCCCCCGGGCGUUGCCGUGGGUAGAGUGGUUUGUGUUUGGGAUGCAGUAUGGGUUCAAACCAGGGAAUCUGGUGACCGAAGCUGUCGAAGAUGGACGCGAGGGUCUGUUGAUGAACUGCCUCUAUUCACAGUUCGUCAACGAGUGGGCACUGCCAUUGGAGAAAGGCCCCGAGGCGAUCACUCGCCUGUCGGCGUGGAUUCACGGCGACGAGAAAGCCGCACGUAUCCCAUUCAGUCCCAGGGGCGUGUGGGUGCAUUGUCCAAUUGAGGUGCGUGUUUCAGACACCACUUUAUCCUCCACUCCGCGCCCUUAUCUCGACCCGACAUGCCACCAUGGCCCGACUCUCUACCUCAACGCGACGCUUUAUCGGCCGUACCUGCGGGAUCCUCCGUGCAGGGAGCGUUAUUACGAAGCGUUCGAGUGGCUCAUGCGCGACCUGGGCGGUCGUCCUCACUGGGCGAAGAAUUUUACUAAUAUAACCUCCUCUCAUGAACUGCACGACAUGUACGGCGAUGACAUGGACGAAUGGCUGAAGGUGCGGCACACGACAGAUCCCGACGGCAUGUUUAUCGGUGAAUGGCAUCGACGGAACCUGCUUCUGACAACAAACGACCCAGCCGUUGUGGACGAGCAGAUCGACGCAGAACUAUCUCUCGGGGAGCGCGAGCAAAGUCGACGCAAGUUCGGGGGUAAGGGGACAGGAGACGGCGUGGAGUGGAUUGGCGAUCGUCGAUGGAAGGUCUCCGGGCUCAAUUUUACCGACGAGGAGAGGCAGGAGAAAGCGUUGCCGAAAACUCCUCUCGCGGAUCUUAUUCCCAGCCCGCCUAUGACUUCUACCAGCGAGGAAAGCUUUGAUCUGUUAGCCCAUGGCGAGGCGAGCAUUGUCAUUCAGGAUGAUGAGAAACACUGAGCAGGAUACUCUACUAUACUUCAACCCCUGGCCAUUUAUUAUCUCUUUCUAAGAACAUAUCAUUGUCAUGACGUCGAUUGGUCGCAACCACGCGCACCUACGUCAAAUUCAACUAUUAUCUACUGGGUUUCUGGUUUAUCCUAGUCACGAAAAACCACAUCAUAUUGACAUGGGUUAGGCGUUCACAGACGGAGUUAUGGCUUUUUAUUAUUUUACCUGCUCCUUUCUCUAAACAUGUAAUGGUCCACGGAGAAGUAGAAUAGACUGCCUACAUAUUCACUACCAUUCAAUCCCCCAUCUUCCAUUCAACAUCAAUUGAUUUGAGUAUAUAUGUAAUUGAGAAUAGAAAUUGGUGCGGAAAUAACCCAAAAAACUACCGACCCCGCUUUCUCAAUCUAUGGGUUUUACUGUACUAUCAG